AUGGUGUCACAUCUUGCCGCUUCAUUGCUGUCGAGAUACUUGGGUGAAUAUUUAGACGAUCUAACAAAGGAUAAUGUCAAACUCAGUCUAUUAUCAGGUGAUGCAGUGAUCCAUGAUGUCAAGAUCAAACAGACUGCAUUACAAAAGCUAUUCCCAAGUAUAAUAGUCAAACAGGCUGUUGUACGCAAGCUAUCAUUACACAUACCUUGGAAUCAACUCAAGAACAAACCUGCUAUUAUAUCAUUGGAUGGAAUAUAUGUACUGGCUGAACCAUGUAAAGACUUUGAUGCACAGUACUAUCGCAAGAAGUUCCAGGAUGAGAAGGAACAGAAGUUACUGUUACAAGAGAUGUUGAGAGAGAAGUUGAUGAACUCUGCAAUGACAUCUUCAUCCAACACAGGUACAUCAUCAACAUCUACAACAUCAACCUCAACCAGUGACGACUCAUCAUUCAGUGGUCGAUUGUUGGCCACAGUAGUCGACAACCUACAACUCUUUAUCAACUCCCUACACAUCAGGUUUGAAGAUAGACUUGAAGAUAGUUCAUUCGCAGUGGGCAUCAUGAUGAGAAGACUUGGAGCAGAGUCAACCGAUGACAACUGGACACCAUCUUUCUUGAAGAAUGAAAGCUCAAUCAUUCAUAAGAUCAUUAAUCUACAAGAUCUAUCGAUAUACUGGAACUCAAACUCUCCUAAACUUCAAUAUACAUCACUGGACGAUCUCUCCAAUCAACUAAAGUCAAUGAUACCUGUGGACGCCUCAUCAUCUCAAUCAAUCGAUCAAUCACCAUCCGUUGCCGCGUUGGACACCAAUCAAUACAUCCUACCAAACCUUUCACUAUGUCUAAAGGCAGCGAUCAACAAGAGUGGCCUGCCGCAGCCCGAACAGACUGCGCGACUCUCUGUCCAGCUCGACCUGCGCGACGCACAGGUCACGCUAUCCGACUCGCAAUACCAGGACAUCACCAACAUCAUGGAGAGCUUCUCGCUGUUCAAGAAGAGCAUAGAGUUCCGCGCCAACCGACCUGACGAGGCCGUGUUGGAGGCCCCCCGCCAAUGGUGGACCUACGCCAUUCACUCGGUCGUGGGCAAGAUCCAUGAGAGUCGGUACCGCAAGUCUUGGGACUACUUAUUCGAAUUCCUGCACGACAAGAAGGAGUAUAUCAAGCUGUUCAAACGACAUAAGCGCAAGACAUUGCACACGACUGAGAAGAGCAGGAUGAACGCGCUCGAGUGGAAGCUGUCCCACGAGCACAUCGUCAUGUUCCGCAGUCUUGCCUACAAGAUGAUGGAGAAGGAGGAUAGUCUGGAGCGAGAGCAAAAGAAGAAGAAAGAGGAGGCGUUGAGACAACAGCAGUUACAGCAGCAACAGCAACUUCAGCAACAGGGUGGCGCGACGUCGCCCACUGUCGCGGCAGCGACUGGCGGAGGCUGGUUCUCAUCAUGGUGGCGACCAUCCCCAACUCUACAAUCACAGACGACCGCGCAGUCCAAGGAUGAGCUGGGCAACAUAAAGGACGUGGUGAAGCUGACACCAGACGAAUGGAACGAGAUCUACGACACGAUUGGAUUCGAUCAAUCAAUGAACCGUGACGCCAACUCGGCUGCGGCGAUGCGAUCAUCUACAGCGGCCACCUCAAACAAUCUCCAGGCUCUGAUUGUACUGCGUCUAUCCAAGGUGUCGAUGCACUUGGAGCGCAGGAAGAAGGAACUGGCCAUCCUACAGCUGAACAACCUGCAGCUGACGCUCAAGUCCAAGGAGGACUCCUAUCACUUUGAUGGACAACUCGAUAACCUGGAGCUGAUCGAUCACUCCACCGACAACACACACUUCCCCAAGUUGAUAUACUCUCAGAGCACCAGAAGGUCACGUGCACCUCAUCAACAACAACCACAAUCACAAUCAUUAUCAAAGAAGCAACAUCAAUCACUCUUCAAGAUACAGUUCGAGAGUCUGCCACCUGGGAGUGAGGUUGAUUGCAGGGUGGCGAUACAGUCCAAGCCACUCACUAUUGUAUAUUAUCCAUUGUUUGUUAGCAAGAUCGUCGAGUUCUUCCGCGCAAACAGUACUUCCGCCGACGUGUUUGAGGACAUUGGCAAGAUGGCACAGGACACCAUCCAGAACAUCAAGACACAGACCAAGCAGACAUUGCUGCUGGCCAUCUCACACAAGACCACACUGUCCCUGACGAUGGAUCUCGAGGCCCCCAUCAUCCUCAUCCCCGACGACAUUCACAACAAUGAUCGAGCCAACACACUCAUACUUGAUCUUGGUCAUCUUUCAAUCAAUCACACGCCACGAUCAAAGAACACACUGACUUCACAAGAUCCAAACAACAACAACAACAACAACAACGACCCCAAGAACAAUGACAACAAGAGCGAAGACGAUUGGCUCGUGGACUUGUACGACGAGUACAACUUCAAGCUGCGACACAUUCAGGUGCUGCUGGCCGGACAACAACAGGACUGGACCGACCUGAAGCAGGUGACCAGAUAUCGCAUGAACAUCGCCAACCCGUUCAACGCCAGCUUUAUGAUGAAGCUGAGCAAACUGCGCAAUCAGAUGCUCACAUCUCUAAAGCUGGACGCCAGCGUGGACCUGGUAGAGUUCUAUCUAUCCUCACAACAAUACGUCAACUUUGUCAACGUGAUCCAGGCCAUCACUAUGGGCCAGGCAGCAUCGACGCCCGCUGGUGCGCCAGUCGCCGUCGCAGCCAGCGGAGGUGAGCCCAUCGAGAUGAUAAUGGGCGACCCCGCACACAUCGCGCACUGCAAUCUACUCGAGGCCCGCUUCUCAGUCGACUGUUUCAAUGUCCAUCUGCGAAUGGAGAACGAGCAGCAGGCUCAGAACCUGGCCCUGGUAUACCUGCGGCGUAUCGAAGGUGUGUUCAACCAACGCUACUACGACAACUACAUGGCGCUCAGUGUCAAGGGUCUUUGGGUGGAGGACUGCUUCCAGAAGCCACCUGGUAAUGGCAACUACCUGGCCUUCACCAAUGCCAAGGUCACACUGGACACAAUCGCCAAGGCACCGGUCCACACACUCAACCCGGUCAACUUCACGCUCGUACAGAUCUCACCCGAGUCACCCUUCUACAAGAAGGUGGACAAUGACUCCAAGAUCGAGUUCUCGCAACUCAAUCUAAUACUCAACAAGAAGACUGUGGCUGGUGUGAUUGAGUUCUCCAACUCUGUACAGAACCUCACGAUUGAGAAGUUGGCUGAGAAGGGAGGUGCUGGUGCUGGUGCUGCAGACGACCAGCAAGGCAGCCCUUCCAAGAAGGCUGAGCAGGAGCAUGUCUUCUUGACAGAGGCGAUGAUGCAACCAUCAUGGCGAAGCACAACACCAUGCACCAAUCAAGUGAUCAACAACAGGUUCGAGGUGAAGGUAACCUUUGUGCGACUGUUGCUGACGUCAGAGGCCAACACACCUUUGAUGAAGGCAUCCAUCGUCGACUUCCAAUGCACGACAGACAUCAACGCCUAUCAUUCAAUCACCAAUGGCAAAGUCGGCCAGCUAAAGGUAUACGACAUGACAUUGGAAGGCAGGAACUACCGAACAAUCUUCACGACCAAGGAGCGAAAGACUGGCAACAAUGCUGACUCAUCCAUGUCCUCAGCGGGCGGUCUAAGCAUCGAGUCUGAGGACACCUUUGUCAUCGCGGACUCCCCGUCACUCUCGUCGUCAUUUGGCAUGCGCUCAUCACUCCUCCAAUCAUCGUCCACAUCACUGAUGGAGCAUCCCGAGUCGAUGAAUGCACUUGUUCACUUCCAGUUUGAGUCGCGCAAGAACGUCCACUUCCUGCGCUGCAGUCUGAGCAGCAUCCGCUUCGUAUUCCUUCAUCGCUUCAUCGACGAGAUUCAGAACUUCCUUAACAGUGUCAACACAAUGCGUGACUACCUCAAGCGAUCGAUCAGCUCUGCGGCCACUGUAAUCUAUCAAGCACGUACCACCUUUCUCUACGAGAUUGAGGUGGAUAACCCCUAUGUCAUCGUGCCCAUCUCGUCACUCUCGCAUCAGGUCUUCAUCGUAGACCUGGGCAAGAUCAUCAUAUCCAACAGGUUUGACUAUGGCCAAGUCAAUGGCAGCGACAUGGAAGCCAUGGUACUCAGCAGCGAGCGUGAGCGUGAGUUGGAGGAAGGCAUCGGUGGUGAUGAGUGCGAAGCUUCGUCUUCAACAAUGAAAAAGGAACACUUCAUCACUAUGAACAUCUUUGUCGAAGCCAACAACAUCAAACUGCUCUCAGGUCUCAACACAAAGAUGUCCAAGUCAGCCAAGGGAACAAUGUCGCGCACUUUUGGAACAUUGGUCAAGGAUGUGAACCUCAAUCUUCACUUGGCCACACCGAUGCUGCUGAACCCCGCAGCCAGCCGCACCUGCACACUCCCACCUUGGCAGCGAACGUGCGACAUCUCCCAAUUCCAAUUGGACAUUAGUGAGUACGAGUCAAAAUGUCUCAUUCUCCUGCUCGAUGGCAACCUCUCAGAGUUCUCCUCGAGUGUCCGAGGUGACACAUUGGCCGAUGAGGACUUGGACCCGGGCCCGCUGUCGCCAGAGCCCAUGCCAAACCAAGAUGAGGGUGAAGACGUUAACCAAGCCAACUAUAAGGGCAUCACAACAUGCACACUUGGCAAGUUCUCGAUUGGAUUCAUGAAGCGUGAUGGCUCAGCAUCUGACGACCGUCUGGUCCACUUCAUCGCCAACGAGACAAUGAUGACCAUUGUCAAUGAGCCCAUGGAGACCACGGUAACCAUCGAGAUUAUGAGCAUUCAUUUGGAAGACUUCAACAAGGAAACACAUCCUCACUUCAAGUCGCUGCUGUCUCCAUCGCGUGGAAACGCCAGGUCGUCAAAGGGUCUGGAUCAGCAACCACAACUAGUAAUCAGCGGUUCGAUCAAGCCACCCCCAAUCCAACAAUCGGCAUUCCAAGUGACACUCGAGAGUGUGUCGAUGGUCUUUGUCCCGCACUCUUGGCUCGAGAUGCAGAGCUGUCUAUCAAGACUGAUGAGCAUGGGCAUGGAGGCAUGGACGCGAUACUCGACCAAGAUCAUGGGUGCCCCUCCCACUGGCGUCGAGGAGGUCAUCCAGUCCGGCUCGUCAUUGAUCAACGCACAUAUUGGUGAAGCGAUCAUUCUUAUACCGACCAAUCCGCGAGUGUCUGGUGAUGGAGAAAAGGAAUACGCCCUGAUCAUUCGUGCCUCACUCGACAUCCAGAGCACAUCAAAGGGUGCAGCGGGUGUUGAGACGGUGUCCCUGCUUGAGGCUGACAACAUCCAAGUGUACCGAACGAGGAUCAAUCAAGCAGAGAGGUUUGACGACAAGUCUAGCAUCAACAACUUCAACCUCAACAACAAUAACAACAACCACAACAACAAUGGCUCACUUGUUGGAAAGGGCGAGAUCAAGAUCAUUGAGCCCUUCAAAUUCCACCUUCAGACUACACAGACCCUGACCAAUCAAGAGACAAACGUGUCCAUCGACAAGAUCAAUGUGAACUUCUCUUACAAGGACUUCAAGCAACUGAUGGUCAUCUCGAACAACACAAUUCAAUCAUUCCCCGCGGCUGACAGCACAUCUCAACAACCACAGCACAGGUCGACGGCAGACAAUGACGACCAAGACAUCGACCCAGAGGGUAACCAGGACUCACUCAUGGCCCCCAUCAAAGAGGAGGUCAACAAACAGGUGUACAUCUCAUUCACGCUGGACACUGGCACAUUCAUUCUCCACAACGAUCUACAAGAGAAGGAUCGCUUCCCUCUGAUCUCAUUCAAGGUGUCCCGCUUGAAGAACAACAACUUCUCGCGAACUACCAGUAGCCAGAUCGCUCUGACACUCGAGUCCAAUGUUGAAGCCUCCUACUACAAUGUCAACAGUGGUGUGUGGGAGCCUCUGAUCGAGUCAUGGGGCUACACAGUCACUGCAAACAACUCUGCACUGGGUGGAUGGAUAAUGGACGUGGCGUCCAAGCUGCCUCUGCAGGUGAACAUAACCAAGGGCUUCGUGGAUACCUCACUCUCCACGUACCAGAUCCUGGCCGAUGACUUUUACAAAGAGGACCAAGUGGUGCAGCCCAAGACCACCAACCAGAUCCAGCAUGUCAAGUCCAGCUCGCCCACUCUUAUCUCGACGACUACAUCUGCCGUUGCGUCCAAGUCUGGUGCCGUCUCAUCGACUACUGAGGAUGACAACAGCAAGACCUACGCAUACUACAUCAUCAAUCAAACAGGCCAGACCGUUUGGUAUUGGUUCAAAGAUGAGGAGCUGCAAGAGAUACCGAUUGGCAAGGAGAUUCCAUUGGUCCUUCCUCAUCUAGCAUCUCGAUCGCGUGGCACACUUGACGUUGCCGACAGCAAGAUAUCAUUCCAACUGUACGGCAACUUCAAGCCCAUCAACAACCUACCAAUGGACACGAUUGGAACAUACUCCCUGCACCCAAUGCCCGAGUACAGGAGUGCCAAACUUCUCUACGACAUAUCAUAUCGCAAGGGUAGCAAGGUGCUGUCGCUGCACUCAAACAUUGUCAUCAAGAAUCAGACGACAAGUGCCGUGCAGGUGUACAUCAGUGUGGGAGGCAACCGUGAGCUGGACCCUGUCGAGCUCAAGGUCGAUGGCAACGCGAGCGUGCCACUACCCAUUCUGUUCUCGAUGGGUCGCAUCAGAGUCAAGCCCUACAGCAUGAGCCAUGGAUACUCCACGGAACAGAUUGAUUGUCUCAACUUCAUCCAGCUCAUCAAGAACAAGGGCGAGAAGGACAGCAGGGGCAAGAAGACGCCAAGGACACAUCACUCGCGAAUGAUAUGUAGGAACGCGCUGACGCUGCCCUACGUCCUUGUGGCAUCGAUCGAAAAGAACAUCAAGAGCAAGAACCAGAUUGAGAUCACACUGUUACCUCCACUAGUCAUUGAGAAUGUGUUGGCGUGCGACAUCAACUAUCGCAUCUAUCACUCGAAGAACAGACGACUGAUCGGCUCACCCUUCCUCGAGGGCGUCAUUGCAAUGGGCGAGAAGAAGGAGGUGUCCGUGUACGACUCGUCGCACGAUAUCUACAUGGAGAUACAGUUCAACGACCUGAUGUGGUCGCAUCCAUUCCUCAUCGAGACAGUGCAAAGCACGCCCGAGCAAAAGAUGUGUGAGAAGAUCAAGAUGCACGACGCCAACAAGUGUCCCAUCCUCAUUGCAUUCGACAACAGAUUGGAGCCCACGGGCAUGCGCAUCGUUAGCGUGUUCUGCGAGUUCUGGAUGGUCAAUCAAACAGGUCUGCCACUCUUUUACCGCCAUCACAUUGGCGCCCAGACAGUGCAGCCUGCGGGCCAGGAAUCACUUCAUGUGGACGACCGCUUGGCGUACCCACUGCCAGUGGACUCGAACCAGUGGUACCGACCCGACUGGGCCACGCCAUCCAAGCCUUUCAUGUUUGCGUACAGCGACCUCAACAUCGUUGGCGGGCAGUUCGCGCUAAAGAUUGCCAACUCUGAGUGGUCGUUCCCCUUCUCGCUCAACUCGUCCACGUCAAACGAAUCGUCCAUCAUCACGAUCAAGGAGGAGAAGCCCGAGCAGAAGGUCGAGAAGCGUCAGUUCCAGCUGUCCAUCACAUGCCUUCCAUCGAACAGCCGCUUUUGGCGCACUCGCGUCGUCACCUUCUGUCCGCAGUUCGUCAUUGCCAACACCACCUCCAACAAGAUCUACUAUCAACAGUUUGAGUGCUACAAGUAUCUGCAGACGGUGCAGCCCAACCAGUCGCUGCCAUUCCAGUUCCCCUCGGCCAACAAGGAGAAGCUGCUGCGUGUGGGCAUUGCUCAGGCUAAAGAGCCAGGCAUCAUUUGGAGUGGCUUCUUCAACCCGGACGAGCUGACCAACUUCACACUGCGACUGCGCACCGACUCUGACGCGUCGCUCAAUCUCAAGAUCAAGGGCUCCGAGCCCAAGUACACAUCGAGCAGCGCGAUGAAUGAGAUGCACUUCCUUUCGGUGUCCAUCAGGCUCAAGUCAACCAAGUCAAUCACAACCAAGAUGAUCGUGCUCUCUGAGCACAACCCCGAUCUACCUCCCUACCGCAUUGACAAUCGCAGUCGAUUCCCUCUUUGGAUACGCCAGAAGAAGACGCAGAACUGGGAGAAGCUUGGCGCGAACUCGUCCACACCCUACACCUGGGACCAUUUCAUCCUGCCCAAACGUCUUGUCAUUGAAUUCCCUGGCAAUGAGAAGAGGUACUUUGAGCUGCACAACCUGGAAGAGAAGUCGACAGUGACAGUCAAAUCGAGCGCAGCAGCGCAGGCCUUGGCUCAGGGCAACAACAACAACUCAAGUGCCACAAUCCCUGGAGAUGCCAGCAAGAUUGAUUUGGAGGUAUCGAUCAACGCUCAUGGACCAACACGUGUACUUGUGAUCAAGGAGAAGUCUGCGUCCAAGUCAAGCUCAUCGUCCAACAACAACUUGGCACGCAGUGCAGAACGUGAGGCAAUGGCCACGUCUAGUUCGAGCACCAAUGCCUUGGGCAACAGCAUUGGCAAUGAACCAUCCAAUCGAUUCGAGAUCAGACUCACACUGAAGAACAUUGGACUAUCAUUUGUCAAUCAGGUGCCUGAGGAGUUCAUCUACUUCACCUUUGAAGGUCUGCUCAUCGAUCUCAAACAGACCAAAGUGGAUCAGUUCCUCCAGAUUGAGUUGGAGGACCUACAGAUCGAUGAUCAACGCUAUCAAACCAACUAUCCAGUCUUCUUCUGUCGCACUAGGAAGCCAUUCGAUGACGCUGGCAGUAGCGGUAGCAGUAUCAGUACGACCACAACAACGACCACCAGCAACAACAACAACGAACAGAAGAGACUGCCACUGUUCCAGUUCAGUUCGACACGAUCACUCAAGUACCCAAAGAUCCUGUUCUUUAGAUACUUCUCAUUCUUGAUCCAGGAGUUUGAUCUGAACAUUGACGAAUCGACCAUACUCAACAUACUCUCAUUCAUCAAUGUCAACUUGAACUCGCUCAAUGAACACUUUAGCCAGCACCCGACCAUCACCACCGAGGAGAUCCUGCAGGUCGAGAGCUCAAAGCUCGAGGACAUGAUCUACUUUGAGCUGCUGCACAUCAACCCGCUCAAGAUGAACCUGUCGUUCACCAGCUGCAAGCUUCCCAAAGAGAUCUCGUCUGUGCUUGGCGCGCGCUCGCUCUCCGAGCUGAUACUCGGCAUCAAGUCCUCCUCGCCCUUCCUCAAUGUGGAUCGUGCGCCAAUGCACUUCAACGGAUUCAUCUGGGAGCAUCCCUUCCUCUCUGUCAAGCAGGUAACCGACGAGAUGAUGGCCAUCUUCCAAUACCAGUUCAUGGGCCAGGUGCACAAGAUCUUUGGCUCGUUCGACUUUAUUGGCAAUCCGAUCAGACUGGCAGAGUCGCUGGGCAGUGGCUUCAAGGACUUCUUCCACGAACCUGCGCUCGGCCUUGUCAAGGGACCUCAAGAGUUUGCACUUGGCCUGUCCAAGGGCACGUCAAGCCUUAUCAACAACAGUGUGUUUGGUUUCUGCGAGAGCGCGUCCAAGAUCACGGGAACGAUUAGCAAGGGAUUGGUACAGUUGUCACUGGACGACUCGUACAUCAAGGAUCGCGUUGAGAGCAGCAAGCAGAAGCCCAGCGGUCUGAAGCAGGGAUUUGAGUUUGGAAUCCGCGACCUGGGCGAAGGCUUCAUCAAAGGAAUCACAGGCAUCAUCGAUGAGCCGAUCAAGGGUGCCACACAGGAGAAGAGCUUCGAGGGCUUCCUCAAGGGCGUCGGAAAGGGAGUGCUCGGCGUGGCCGUCAAGCCUACCGUCGGCCUGUUUGAGUUUGCCACGCGAACCUCUGAGGGCAUGAAGAACGCCACGACCAUCGCCAAAUCAAUCAUGCUCAUCCGACGUCGACGUCUACCGCGCUUCUUCCCAAAGGAUGGCACACUCCAGAACUACAACGCAUUCAGAUCGCAUGGCGCCUACCUGCUGUACUCAAAGGUUGGCUCGCCACCCGUCAACAGCUUCUACGUCUUCCAUUGGGUGCUGAGCAAGGACCACAUCCUGGUGACGUCCACGCAUCAGCUAUUGUUCCUGAUCAACUCGGCGCUGCUGUCCAUCCUUCCUUCGUCAUCUUCGUCGACGAUCGAGUACGAGGUUGGCUGGCAGGUCAAGAUCUCAGAGAUACAGCAGUUCCAGAAGCACACCAACUCUUUGACCAUUGUCCAUCGUCCGGCUGGAUCAUCGUCCGAUCUAUCGCCCAAGAGUGUUACGGUGCAGACGCCAAGCGAAGAAGUGAAGCUAUCCAUAAUCAAGAAGGUUGCCGACCUAAUCUCAUUCCACAAGAGGUUUGGACAGGAAUAA